CUUGUAUCCCAUGACAAGUCCAAAACCCUGGAUCAGGCUUCAAAGUCUUGAUUGACACUUCACUCACAUCCCUUUCAACUCAUCGCAGCAUUCUUUUUUCAUAUCAACUGUUAUCACCGCGACCGUUGUUAAUCCAGCGUUACCAGCGUUGCUCUGUCUCCUGUCGACCUUUUUUUUUCAAGCAGAUGGCGUGUCCAUCAACCACUCCUUAGACCGCCGCCUGCGAAGUUCUCUUUGCCAGAAUGAGGCCACUACGAUUUCUGCUCCUCCUCACCUUUUUCAUAACGCUCCCAAUAGCCUUGACUUUCUUCUCGCUCUUCUCUUUCUCCAAGAGCAAUGCCGACUCCUUUCACACCGGCUACGCCCCUCGCCAACGGAGUCUGCGAGCCUUCUUCUCGUUUCAAACCCCAUCCAGUCUAUUCCCGCCUUCAGCAAUCAUAAGUCUGACAGCGGAUAAUUCUACAUUCUUCCUUGCCAGGCCUGCUGCGUUUGGGCCAAGUCUACCCUCAAAGGGGCUCAGUGGGCAAUUGUGGGUGGGUAAGGGAUUCGGGGAUGACGCAUUACUGAAAGAAGAGAAUAUUCAUGUUGUAGGAUGGGAAUUGGGCUGCUCUGACGUGCCAGGCUGGGGUGAGGAGGCUUCCAAGAGGGAGAAGAACCUGCCCCAAGUCGACAAACCGCAGGAAAGCCCUAAGAAGCGGCGAGAUCUGGUUCGUGAUGGCCAAGGAGGCGAUGGGAGUGUGGGUGGAUCGGAAUCCCUUCACGAAAUUGUACAGGACGACGGAACGGACGACUAUUUACACCAUCCUCUUCCUGAUUCGAAUCCUGCAACCCCUGGCCACCUCGGUGAGCCUGCAAAUGUUGGUGCUGACCAGAAGAACCCAACACACGCCGACAUUGAAUCUUUACAAGAAAGCGCUGAUAUCGCCGGGAAGAUCGUCAUGCUUAGCCGGGGCGGAUGUGGAUUUUUGGAAAAGGUGAAAUGGGCACAACGUCGUGGAGGUAUUGCCCUUAUCGUGGGAGACAACGAACGAGGAGCACAAUUGACAAUCAUGUACGCUAAGGGUGACACGUCGAAUGUCACUAUACCUGCUGUGUUCACAUCCUACACUUCCGCCCAUCUCCUGGCCUCGCUAGUCCCGCCUGAGUCGGGCGAAGAUGAAGCUGGUUCUGUCAAAGGAUCGGACAAAGCAUCCAAGGGCCCGGAGAAGGGUAAUAACCGUAAACAGCAAGACGGCAAGCCAGUGUUCACUUCAACCACUCAGAACCAGCGACCAACCAUUGUCCCAGCUAAGGCACCUGCCACUGCUCAAACGGAUAAGGGCUGGGUGAGCAAUGUCCUCGGCGCCAUCGGCUUGAACGAAAAUUCUCGUUUCGCACAUGUCGAGGAUAGCCGCCGGCCACCAAGUAGUGGAAACAUCGACUGGGUCCUGGUAGAGGAUUGGGACGACGAUGUGCCUGUAAAGUCGAGCAAAAAGGUAAAGACGGCGGUCAACCUUCCCACUUCAUCUACGUCGGCGCUGAGAACAAAACCAACAAGCUCUAAAAACCCUGGAAUGGACGACUUCGUAAUUGGCGUUCAGGAUUGGAGAGACACUGACUUGGUGGCACCAAAAGCAACGAACAGCAUAGCCAACAUUGUCGCUGACCCAAAAGCUGGCAAAGACGGCCAAGCAGAAGCCACCAAUGUUGUUAAGCCGUCUAGUCACGCUGAGGACGCACUCAAGGGUGGCAGUAUCACGCCAGGCAGUGGCGAAUAUGCCCAUGAAAAACCCGAACAAUUAAACCGCUACAAUAGAGGGGAAGAUCAGUCGAAACAGCAGCCAAAGCACGCUAACACUCCUCCAAGCCGAGAAGGGACAAGUUGGUUCGACUUGUUCAGAUCCGAUGAGUCAACCAAAGAAGCACCCAAGGCACCUGCCGCAAAACAGGAAAAGAAUGCCAAGUCAAGGUCUGAGCAAGUGCACAAGAUAGCAAGCCAGCAAGAUGAUGGAGAUCACCCAGGCUUGUGGGUCACCUUGACACCAACAAGUGUGUCGACAAGUCCUUUCUUUGAUACGCUGCUCGUGCUCGUCAUCAGUCCCUUAGUUACGCUGACGGUGGUUUAUGCACUUCUGCUGUUGCGUUCACGAAUCAGACGACGAAGAUGGCGUGCACCGAAAUCCGUUGUCGAGCGCUUGCCCGUCCGUACGUAUCACACCAUGAAUACAGCGUCAUCGACUACAUCGUCACAAGUGGCAUCUCCGGAUGCCUCCUCACCAACGUCACCCCUCCUUAUUUCCACAUCACAGAACGUCUCUCAGCGCCCCCGACCACGAUCGCAGACCACAAACGGCGCAUUUGCAGGAAGUACAGACUCGACUACUUCCAAAGCUCGCAAUCUGAACUUGCCGUCAGAAAAGACGGCUUCAAAAUUCGCCAGACGCAAGCGCUACACUGGUCGCCAGAUUGAAUGCGUGGUCUGUCUGGAGGAAUAUGUCGACGGCGAGAGCCAAGUCAUGUCUCUACCAUGCGGGCACGAAUUUCACGCCGAGUGCAUAACUCCCUGGCUUGUGACGCGGCGACGUACAUGCCCGAUUUGCAAAGGUGAUGUGGUGCGGAGUCUUGCGCGCACAGACUCCCGGAACGAGGAGGAUGCAACGGAGGGCGAACAGACUAGUGAUGAUGUGCAGGAACGCGCUGCACAGACGACCAAUGAGGAGGCAAGUGCCGCCAUUCCAAUUCCGACCCUCCUCCGCGAUGGGGACGAGGACGUCGAACAAGGCCGUGCCGUCGACGCCGGGGAUGACGUACCUUUGCUCGACGACGGCCAACAUCCUGGACGUCAAAACUUGGCCACGGCGAGAGAUGGAGGUGCGGUGUGGAGGAGUAUUAGCGCCAGUGUGAGUCGACUGAGUGGGGAGACUCUCUGGAGACAGACUCCCGUCGAUCGCAAUAGGUGAGAAAAGGGCGUGAGCUGGGUUAAGUGAUUGUUCUUGAACCAGUCGCGAGAGACGUGACUGUGAUGGCGGUGUUGCUGUUAGUCGGAACAGGAAAGAUACCCAAUUGGACUCGCGAAGUCGGUCCAUCUUGUCCCAGUUUUUAUAGUGUCUCGUUUUUUGUUUUGUUCUUGUUUUCAACCUAUUUUUGCAAGCAUGUUUCAAAGACCCAUCAAGCGCUUUGGAUGUGAUUUGUGACUUUACAGUAAUGUGUACCGGCUACAACUCGGCUGCCACCGGAAUACAUUUUGACGCUACGGAUAGGACGUCUACAAAGAUUCAUGCACUUUCUAGGUACAUACCUGGUAAAUACAUAUUAUACAUGUGUGAUGGGGGGGAGGAAAUGAUCCCAGACAGACAAAACACC